GAGCUGUUGACCACUGCAUCUUGGUUGCGCCAGCAGGUUGCCCAGCAUCCUGACUAUCUGGGGGACUCGCGCAUUUCUUCCCGCCUAACACACGAUCUGUUAACGGCAUGCCUGCUCGUCACUAAGGGCCACUUGAGGCCUAAAGACCUACUUCCUGAAUGUGCCUCGCGUACCACAACUCGUCUUCCUGCGGCGACUCUUACUGCUGAACAACUUCUUAAUGCCAAGCGGAAGGCUCAGGUGGAUGCUGCGCAGGAGUUGCAUGCAGCAGUUUCGCGCCUUAUUCAACCAGGACGUCAUCCCGCUCGUGAUGCUCCCAACACUAAUAACGCAUUCUCUGCCAACUGCCAAGAUGGCCAAACUCCAAAUCACUCUUUUGGAGUACAGUCUUCUCGCCCUUAA